GGGCGCUCUUUCGUUGUUAAUAUUGUGCGAGAGUAUGAAUAAGUAGUGUUAAUUUCACUAUGUAGUAUUAUUUGUUUCAAUAUUUGUAUUUUAAAUUACAGAGAUAUUUAAGGGUGAUUAACUUAUGGAAUGAGUUGCAAUUGGCAGUAGUGGAGGGCAGGAGCUUUCAGAAGUAUAAGAGGUGAAACCAAGAUCACUGGAUAAUAUGGUUGGAUCCUGCAAUACAGACAUUGAAGACAUUGAAGAUUUGGGUCAGAACUCCCAUGGAAGUAUUGAAGUGAUUACAUCAAGACGUGAUCAUCUUGUUCCGAGGGUUAGAAAGAAGAAGAGAGAAGACGUUCCAUUCCAAGAACAGAAAGUCAUUGCUGACAGUUUCAUACCUGGAACACAGAGCAUCUACGUGAAAACAUGGGGCUGUGCCCACAACAAUUCUGACAGUGAGUACAUGGCAGGUCUUCUUGCUUUCAAUGGAUACAAAGUGAUUGAUGAUCCUGCCAUGGCUGACCUUUGGCUACUCAACAGCUGCACAGUAAAAGGCCCAGCAGAGGAUCACUUUCGUAAUGCUGUUAUGUCAGGCUUAGAGAGAGGAAAACAUGUGGUAGUGGCAGGCUGUGUACCUCAGGCAGCUCCUCGUGCCAGCUACCUUAAAGGGUUAAGUGUGGUGGGAGUUCAGCAGAUUGAUAGAGUAGUGGAAGUUGUAGAGGAAACACUUAAAGGUCAUACUGUACGGCUUUUGGGCUCAAAGAAAGAAGGAGGGCGUAAAGGAGGUGGGGCAUCUCUAGCUUUGCCUAAAAUCAGAAAAAACCCAUUGAUAGAGAUUAUCCCCAUUAACACUGGGUGUCUUAAUCAGUGUACGUACUGUAAGACCAAGCAUGCUAGAGGUGAAUUAGGGAGUUACACUAUUGAGGAGAUUGUGACAAGAGCUGAACGAGCUUUUAAAGAGGGUGUAAGAGAGAUAUGGCUGACUUCAGAAGACACUGGAGCUUAUGGUCGAGACAUUGGUGUGACCCUUCCUCAGCUACUCUAUCGACUGGAGGAAGUAAUUCCUGAAGGUUGCAUGCUUCGACUUGGAAUGACAAACCCACCCUAUAUCCUGGAACAUCUUGAGGAUAUCGCCAAAAUUAUGGCUAGCCCUCGAGUAUAUGCUUUUUUGCAUGUCCCGGUCCAGUCGGGGAGUGAUGCAGUGUUGGCUGACAUGAAACGAGAAUAUUGUGUUGCUGACUUCAAACAUGUUGUUGAUUUUCUGAGGGACAGAGUCCCUGAAAUCACCAUAGCAACAGAUGUGAUAUGUGGAUUUCCUACAGAAACAGAAAAGGAUUUUGAAGAGACAAUCAACUUAGUUCAAGAUUACAAGUUCCCAUCCCUCUUUAUCAACCAGUUUUAUCCUCGACCGGGAACACCAGCAGCAAGGUUACCAAGAGUUCCAGCUCAACAAGUGAAACAACGUACUAAGCGAAUCACCGAAGAGUUCAAGUCUCAUCAACCAUACAAGCAGAGGAUAGGGAAGUGUUACACAGUGCUCGUGACAGAGUUAUCUCAUGACAAACAGCACUAUGUUGGACAUAACAAGUCUUAUGAACAAGUUCUUGUUCCUAAAGAAGACCACUACCUGGGGCAACUGGUUGAGGUCCAGAUCAAAGAAGUUGGAAAACAUUAUAUGGUAGGAGAACCAUUAAAAGUUAUUAGCAGGAUGGAUCCAUUUUUACCUCCCCCAUUACCUAUUGGGCAUGUAUCUGGUAACGUGAAAGUUGAUGAUCACAAGGUAAAAACAAGAUCAGUUAUGGACACCGACAGUGACCAUAUGUGUGGACAGUUUAUGCAGUCAUUGGCAUUAAGGUAUAGCUACCUUCCAACUGUUUGGCUUGUGGUCUGUGUUAUCGUCUUGGUGCUUGGUGUGGUAGUCAGACUUCAUGGUAUUUUCUGGUAGGUCUAGAAACUGAUGGUGUUGAUAGUGAAUUCAUUAGUGACUUUAUGCCUUUCAAUCCAACAUGAAUUGGAGAAAUUAUAUAGCCAUGUUUAGGUAUUGAUGACACCAGUCUGACUCAGAUUCUGCAUAACCCCCAGAACAUCUGAAAUGCAUAUAUAGUUUUUUUUUCAGUAUCCAUAAAUACUGUAUUUGAUACCAGCACCUGUACACAUAGGAUCAACAGUUUAAUGUAAGGUUAACAUGUUAAAUGUAAUAUAAUACAAGAAGUCACUGGAAUUAGUUAAAUCAUGAACUAUAUUAAAAUCACCUUAAACUGAA